AUGGCUCCUUCAGCACGUACGGUCCACACAACCGCGUCCGCUCCUUGCUCUGAGAACGCACAGAUACUCCUCCUCAGGACGACAUUCCUGGCCCCGAUCCUGAGCGAAGGAGAAGCAAGGCGCACGCGCUGCCCUCGGGGCUCCUGGGUCCCGCCUCGAGGACACCCAGACUUGUUGCUCCGGCGGCGGGAACUCACCAUUACGGACCGCGUGCGGCGCGCCCUGCCCACGAGGAGGACGGCCUGUGCUCGGAGCCGGCGUCCCGGGCCCGUCGUCCCGCGGCGGCCCUGCGAGCCGGUGCGCCUCGCGGGGCCGGGCCUGGAGCGGGCGGCGGUCCUACAAAACCCGCGCCCCGAGAGCGGGGACCGGAAGCGCCCGCGGUCCGCCCUUCCGCCUCCAGAACGCUGGCGCCAGGCCUGGGGCGCCUGCUGGGGGGGUGGCCCGGUUGACCCCGGGGGAGCGUCUCGCCACCUCCCGCCCUGCGUCUUCGCCUCCCAAAGGGGCGAGCGCAGCCCCCACCCCGAGCCCGCGCCCCCCCCCCCUCCCCCCGCCGGGCCUAGCUCGAGGAGAGGAGCCCGAGUCCCGGUGGCCCGACCCUGCCGCGUGCGCGACCCGGGCCGGGGCCGGGGGGUCAGGCCAGGGCACACGCUCGAGGGCCCCCGUGGGCCGGGCCCACUCCCCUCCCUUCCCCGCACCCCCGCGGCCUCCCCGCUCCCGCUGGCUCCAGGAAUCAAUAGUGACCGCUGA